AUGAUCUUCCCCCACUCACUACCCCGAACCCCCCCCUCUCCAACACACCUCCACAGGGACUUCUCAUACAACUACCUCACGGGCUUCCUGCCAUCCACCAUCACCAAGAUCAAGUCCCGCAGUAUCCAAAACAACUCCCUCGUGGGCUCGCUGCCGUCCUCCACUUGGACCGCAUGCACCUGCCACAACAACUGCCUUAGCUCCAUCGGCACGUACACUAGCAACUCUCAGCGGGCCACCUGUAGCAUCUGCGGCAGCACUGUUGGCACCGGCACGCUGUGUGGCCCAGGGCAGGCGUGCGAGCCGGAUGAGGACUACAGAAUUCCCCACCAGAUGCAGAACAUUGAGCACUCAUGGCCUUUUGUCCUCUCACACUCUCGCACUCUUUCCCUCUUGUACCCGCGCAUCCUUGCACUUUUGCGCUUUCUCUCUCUCACACUAUCUCACUCCUUCUUCCCUCUUUACCUCCCCUGGGCCCUGCCCCUCCUCCACAUCCUGACAGCCGAUGCAAUGAUGGCGUUGAAGGCUGCUCUAGGUGUGACCCGCACCACGUGGGCCUCCACCAACCUCUGCCGCCUCACCGGGAUAUCAUCGCCCCUCCAGAAUGAGUGGACUAGCGUCUUCUGCAAUCUCGCUAGCUCUGUGGAGUCCAUAGGCCUCUUCUGCAACUACCGCACGGGCACCAUGCCCAUCCCCUCCACCUCCCUGGUCUCUCUCGAUGUGGGCCUUAACUUCCUCUCGGGCUCCUUCCCCCAGCUCUCCCUCGCGGUCUGUGCGGCUGAGCAGAACUGCUUCCUCAACUCCUCCUACUGCCGCACCUACGGCGUGCAGCAGCGCCCCACCUCUGCCUGCGUCAUCUGCGGCACGACCAACAGGCAGGGGGUGCUGUGCGGUGGUGCACUCUGUUAUCCAUUCAGCCUGGGAGUUGUCAACGUCCCCUCACUGCCGCCGGUGGCCAUGACUUCCCUGCGCACCUCUCUCCUCUCCCUCGCCAUCCAAGACAACUUCCUUGCGGGAAGCUUUCUCGCAGCUUCGCUGACUCGGUGUGACGCGAGCAGCAACUGCCUGGCGAGUGCGAUGGCGUGCAGCGAGGAGAGUGCUGUGGCUCAGAGGGAUGCGGAGGGCUGUGCGAUCUGCGAGUCAGAGGAUGGGCAUGGCUUGCUGUGCUUCGGAGGGCUGUGCUUGCCAGAUGUGGAUGGCAGCACCGUACAUGCUGAUGACAUGGACCCUCCUCGCAUGACCUGCGCUGUGCAAGCGCUGCUGGCAGUGAAGAGCGCGCUGGGAGUGAACUUUACAACGUGGGGGGUUGGAAAGUCGUGCACCACGGCUUCUGCCGGGCCAGCCAUUGCAGGCACCCUCACUGCUGUGUCCUGUAACUCUUUUGGCAAAGUUUGCAUCUUUGAUCUGAGCGGCAAUCUCUUUCAGGGUUGCCUGGACGAGUUCACCACACACCUUCGCCUUCUCACCGCCCUCCAGUCCAUGUGCGUUGCUCUCUGCUCCUGUAUGCCUUCUUUUCUUUCACUGAAUUGCCCAAGCACACCUUCUUUAACCUCCCCUGACGUCAUUCCUUUCACUUCCCACUCCUCGCAUCUCCGUGCAGCAAACCCACAUCCACCUCUCAACCAUGCAAAUUCUCAAAAUCGCCCCCCCGUGCCACCCCCCACCAGCUUGCUGGGCUUCAACUACCUAACAGGCUCGCUGCUUGGCAGCAUAGCGGCGCCUCUCAAGGCUCUGGACGUGCAGUUCAACUUCCUUGCCGUCUCCUUCCCUGCCCUCGGCCUCGCAUUCUCCUCCGCCCGCAUCAACUGCUUUGCUUCCACCGCCAACUGCAAGCACCCCACAAGGCCCGCUGAGAUCCCGCGGGCAGCAGCCACAUGUGCCAUCUGCAACACUGUUGGUUUCAACUUCCUUGCCGGCUCCUUCCCCGCCCUCGGCCUCGCCUUCUCCUCCACCCGCAUCAACUGCUUUGCUUCCACCGCCAACUGCAAGCACCCCACAAGGCCCGCUGAGAUCCCGCGGGCAGCAGCCGCAUGUGCCAUCUGCAACACCACGAACGCUAAGGGCAAGCUCUGUAGCAACAUCAUUGGUGGUGGGAUCUGCAGCGUCACUCCUCCUUCCGCCCUCCUGCUCCCACCAGGCACACCCAACAGUGCCUUAUCGCCCGUGCUCCCUCUGGUCUGCACCGCUGCUGCAAGUGUGGCCAGGGAUGCGACUCAAGCAGCUGCGCUGAUGAAUGUGAAGGUGGCGCUGGGAGUGUCGUUUGCAGACUGGCGGGGCGAUGCCCUCUGCACCCUGAUGGGGUCGCCAGUUGCUCCAGGGAGCCAGCUGGAACAGGAUGAGGGCAGCUGGAGGCAAGUAGGAGGGGUUGGGAAGGAGGGCAAGAAACCGCCAGGCUGCAAGUCUGCUCGUAAGGGGUUCAAGCUCUACAGAGCAGAUUAG